AUGGCUUCUUCGACCCCGCUGCGCGUCGGCUACGUGCCCGAGCACUUCUCGACUCCCAUCCACUACGCAAAGACACUCUUUGGCCUCGAUGCCGAGACGAUCCCCUACCCUUCCGGUACCGGCCACAUGAUUACUGCCCUGCGCGCAGGCGACAUUGAUGUCGGCAUCGGCCUGACCGAGGGCUGGGUGGCUGGACUGGGCAAGGAGGAGCCCGGCCAGGGCGGCUACCAGAUUGUCGGCACCUACGUCGAGACGCCGCUAUGCUGGGCCAUCUCGAGCGGCUUUGACCGCACCGACAUUGCGUCUGUCGACGACUUGAAGGGCGGCAAGAUUGGUGUGUCGCGUAUUGGAUCGGGCAGCUUUGUCAUGGGAUACGUGCUCGCGGACCAGCAGGGCUGGCUGACAGCGGGCGAUCCGGCGGACAACAAGCCGUUCUCGGAUACGGUGAUCCUCAACACGUUUGAGAACCUGCGCAAGGCAGUCAACUCGGGCGCGGCGGAUUUCUUCAUGUGGGAGCACUUUACGUCGAAGCGGUACUACGACAACCAGGAGAUCAAGCGCGUCGGCGAGAUCUACACGCCAUGGAGCAGCUGGAAGAUUGUGGCGUCGACGGCCGUGGUUGGGUCGCCAGACAAGGAGGUGCAGCUGCAGGACCUGUUCAGCAAGCUGGACCAGGGCAUUGCUCACUUUAACGCCAACCCGGAGGAGUCGGUCAAGUACAUCAGCACGGCUCUGGACUACUCGGAGGAAGACGCGCGGGAGUGGCUCAAGACGGUGCGCUUCCCCAAGAACACGAGCGGUGUGAGUCUGUCGACGAUUGAGAACUGCAUCAGCAUCCUGCAGAAGGCAGGCGUACUGGUCAAGGGCAAAGGCGCCGGUGCGAACGCCAUGAUCACCAAGCAACGAUAG